GAGGAAACUCCGAAUCCAGGACAUCAUAAAUUCGUACACCGUUCUAGAAGUUGGUCACUCUACCUUCUCUGUUACUGAUACGAUAUACAUUCAUUCAGAGAUUUUUUUAAAUCAAAUUGAAGAGAACAGACCAUCCGUAGCUUACUUAUUGUAAAGAGUUCCCUGUUCGUUUGUGUAGCAGACCAAGAUGGCGUUCUACAAGGGAGCAUCCAAGGAAGCAGGGAGAGCCAUGCAGCUGAUAAAGAAACGACAGAAAGAGCACGAUGAGAUGGAAGCUAAGAAGAAGAAGAUCGAAGAGGAACUGCAAGUUGGUAGCAUUCAUAAUAAGUUUGCUGCGCACUAUGAUGCUAUAGAACAGCAGUUGAAAUCGGAUACAGUUGGUCUUGUUACACUGGAUGAAAUGAAAGCAAAGCAGGAAGAUGUUAUAAAAGAGAGAGAGAAACAACUUGCCCUGAAAGAAAGGGCUAGCAAGUUGGAUAAGGAAAGAGAAAAAGAAAAGAAAAAAAGAGAGAAAAGGGCAUUACAGAAAGCUAUGUUGUCAUUUGAUGUGGAGGAAGAUGCAGAAGAGGAAGAGGAGGAGGAGGAGGAGCAACAAAAAACUGAAGAGAAAAUGUCAAUUGAAACAGAAAAGAAGAAAAAGAGGCUUGGAAUGAAUCCAGAUGUAGACACAAGCUUCCUACCAGACAAGGAUAGAGAAGAAGAAGAAAACAGGAUCAGGGAGGAGUUAAGGCAGGAGUGGGCUGCUAAACAGGAAGAGCUAAAGAACGAAAACAUUGAAAUAACUUACAGUUACUGGGAUGGCUCAGGCCACCGGAGGACUGUUCAAAUGAAGAAAGGAAACAGCAUUCAACAAUUUCUUCAACGGUGCUUAGAAACACUCCGAAAGGAGUUUGCCGAAUUAAAAUCAUGCUCUGUUGACCAGCUUAUGUACGUGAAAGAAGACUUGAUAAUUCCACAGCACUACACUUUCUAUGAUUUCAUUGUAACAAAAGCACGAGGGAAAAGUGGACCGCUGUUCAAUUUUGAUGUACAUGAUGAUGUGCGUAUGAUCAGCGAUGCCAGAGUGGAGAAAGACGAGUCUCACGCAGGGAAAGUCUGUUUGAGGAGCUGUCUUUUUCUUCAGCCCAUCAUCAUUUAA